GUAAUCAGUUUGUCAACUGAAUCCCGCAAAAUCUGUUUGCAGUGGUUUGCAGACAUCUAAGAUGUCAGAGCUCGAAGGUGCGCAAGCAUUCGCCCCUGGAACUUCAGACAUAAUCCAGUAGGACACCGCGACAACAAAAAGCCAUAGACAAUUCGGAGUUAAACAAAAGACAGCUUUUGCAAUCAUGGCACUUAUUGCAGUGUUAGGUCUCAUUUUCUUCAUCACAGGUUUGGUUCUCAUGGUGAAGAGUCAAAGCACCAAAUCUGAGACACAUGAAAGAAGUGAGGGAGAAAACCGUGAAGAUGAUGAAAUUGGAAAGUGUGCAUUUUCAGCCGAGGCAAAGCGUGUAGGUCUCCUUGAAUUUUUGAAGAGGAUUGAUAGUACUGUCCGUGAACUUCACCCGUACGAUGCUGGUUUCAUGACAGGAGUCUCUGUUGAAGAGAUGAAAAAGAUAUUCCAACCAUACAACCCCACCCCGGAGAGUAUCAAAGCCAUUUCUGAACGUGCACAUUCUAUGUUGAAGGAGCUGAGAAGUUUAAAGAUUGACAAGAAGCUUCUACUUGCGAGUGAACGACGCAUGAUCGCUAAAACGGAUCAUUUCUUGAAGCACUACUUCGGGCGGCCUUUUGAAAACAAUUAUUUAGCCGGUUAUUGGAUGUUGGGACCAGGCAGAUACUGCUCUCGGACUUUCAAGGGCAUCACCUCUAUUAAAAAACAGCUCAGCACCGUAUUUCUCUUUUUCACUCCUCAGACAGCGUCUGAACUAGAGGAAAUUUUGAAUCUUUUGGCCAAAUUUAAAACCGGGAUUAACCAGUUCAAGGAAAACUUGAAAAGUGGGAUCCGAACCGGUAUGGUAGGGUCCGUUACUGUGUGCAAAGAAGGGAGAGAAUGUCUGGAAGACAUUUACAUUGAGGUCUCCUCGCAGCAAUCCGGCCGUGGAAUCCUGUCGGCUUUUCAAGAUCAAAUUUCAACCUUUGUCUCUAAAAUAAGCUCAGAAGAGGCUGAAAAGAUAAUAGCAAAGCACGGAAUGAAUGGCACUGUUCUUGUGGAGGAGAGCCUCGUUCGUAAUGUUGGAUCGCCAUUGCUUGACCUAUUUGAGUACUUUGAGAAUGAGCACCUGCCACAUUGCUUACCAACUAAUAUCUCAAGUGGACUGGGUACGUUGCCUGUUGAUCACGUGUACCUCAACGGGAGUAAAACCUUAGAGAGGACAAAUCCGACUUUCAGAGAAGGAGACACGGUCUUACCAGGAAAGGAUUCAUACAAAAACUUUCUGUCUUAUUACACAACACAAGAUAUUACACCAGCUGAAGUUCAGGAUUUGGGCUGGGAGAUGUUGGAGAAACUUUACCGGCAAGCGGUGGAUAUUGCUAAGACGAUCAUGGGACAGGAUAUUGAGGAGACAGCUGUAAAUCAGUUUGCAAAGUACCUCAAUUCAACGGAAAUGUACUUUAAUGAAAAUCCUUUCCCCGAAAAUGAAUCUAAUGAAGAGGCCUUUCGAAAAUGCAAGAGUGAAGAGGCCGCCCAAAACUAUUGUCCAGAACGCUACAAAACGAUGUUGAAAUGGCUGGAUUUGUCACGCAAAACCAUGUCACGCAUCUUGCCAAAAUUGACAGGUUUGUUUUACUUCACUGGCAACAAGACCACCGUUCCCACUUGCCCAGUUGCUAUGGAAAUAUCAUUCGUUCCCUUGCAACCCGUGCAGAGUUAUUCUUCGAGUACAAGUUCCUGUCGAACGCCCGGCAAGUACAACGUGCCCUUCUUUGUAGAUCGAAUGGGGCCCAAGUACUUUGAGUUCACAGUGAAUGCACUCGAGGCAAGCCCCGGGCACCAUUUGCAAUCCCAGGGAUACAAAGAAAACUUCGGACAUGUAUGCGAGGAAGGCGUCAAUUUUCAAUUCUUGAGGGAUGUAACAGCAAUUGCCAUCAGAGAGGGCUGGGGACUGUACUCUGAGAAUCCACUCGCUACGCAGGAUACAGAUCUUUAUCAAAACCGUAUCCUCGAACGUUACGGUGCUCUUAAGGGUCAAAUAUGGCGCGCACUUCGCCUUAUUAUCGAUACUGGCCUCCAUUCUAAGAACAUGACACGAGACGAAGCCAUAAAUCUCUUCCAGCGUUAUAUGUGGGAUUACAGCGACGUUGUUCCAAACGAAGUCAGUCGGUACGAGGCUUAUCCGGGACAGGCGACCGCUUACAUGACUGGUCAGCUGGCAAUUUGGAGAAUGCGCAAUGAGACUUCAAAGAAACUCGGAGCAAAUUUUAAAAUUCAAGAUUUUCAUUACCAGGUAUUGUCUCAAGGUGAAGUUCCGAUUUCAUACCUUCAGACCCAUAUAGAGGAGUACACCAACUGCGUCCUGCACGAAGGAGGUAACGGGUGUAGCGACACUCAUAUUAUGGUCGACGAAGAAGAGCAUAACGGACAGACAUCUGCAAUAGAUGAGAGGCAACAGCGGGUGAUGCUAGAGAAAUUGAAUCAGCUAUAUCCCGCAGACUCUUAUAUAUUUUAACGCUAUUAAUGAUAACUCCUAGCUCAGAGUAUUUUUAUGUUCGCCUCACAUUUGGUAGUUUCGCAUAUGCAUUUGAUGGAGAAGAAUAGAACCUUCAAUGAUGCGUGUGACACAUUAAGACUUCAAAGAUUCGCACAUCGCAACGAUCUCUGGUAAACCUUUAACCGCAUGCAAAAGUAUGAAUAAUCAGUGCUAGCCCAGCGUUUAAAAAGUGUUAAACUGGGGGUAUCAGAAUUAAAACCAUGAAUGGCACAACAACCUAAACAAUCCCCUACAGCU